UAUCGCAGAAUCAACAACGACUAGUUGUGCUCGGCCUGGAAAGGAUUUCGUGCUCGAUGAGUAGACGCGACACCAGUCUCCACAGCGAAACAGUGGUGGGGAACCGGUCGCGGAGCCAGUUAUACUCGCCAGGGCAUCGCGACUCCGGCUUUUCCGUCGAGCACUCAGUUUAGCUUGGUUGCGAGCAAUAAACGGACGUUUUUUCGUGAUCGAGGAGAUAAGUUCUGCAGAUUUGGUUCGGACAUGGUUCUCCAACCGGCACUGUCGGUGCUACCCGUGCUGUUAUUGCUGGGAGGCGUUUCGACUCAAUGUCUCACAGGCAAUGACAGCCCCGCGAUGAUGAAUCCCUCUUCGAAGAAGGCGUUGACCGACGCCAGAUACAACUUCGCCCUCGACACCAUGAAGAAAGCUGCGACGUUGGAGCAGCAGGGCAACAUUUUCUUCAGUCCUCACAGUAUUUACCAGGCGCUGUCCUUGGCGUACUUUGGCGCUCGUGGCACCACGGAGGAGGCCUUGAGGAAGGCUUUGAAUAUCCCCCAUGAUCUGUCCAAGGUCGACGUGCAACGAUAUUACAGCUUCGAGAAAUCCCUCAGACAACUCAGCUCUCAGAAAAACGAGACACCCGACUACGAGCUCGCGUCGGCCAACCGUUUGUGGAUAACGGACAAACGUAAAGUCAGGGAGUGCAUGCUGGACUUGUUCGGCGAUCAGUUGGAGAAGACCGAUUUCCAGACGGAUCCAAACGCUGUUCGCGAGCGCAUCAACGACUGGGUCAGCAACAUGACGAAGGGAAACAUUCGCGACAUUCUUCCUCCCAACAGUAUACAGGAAAACACCGAUCUGGUAUUGGCGAACGCUGUCUACUUCAAGGGCUUCUGGCAGAGCCAGUUCGACCCAGCCGAAUCGAAGAAGGACCUUUUCUAUAGUUCAGCUUCCCAAAAUUCGAUGGUCACGUUCAUGCACCAGAAAGGAGUCUUCAAUUAUAUGAUCUCCGAGACGCUGGGCGCGCACAUAUUGGAGCUUCCGUACAAGGGCGAUGAUAUAUCCAUGGUCGUGAUGCUUCCACCGUUCGCAACCGCGAGGGCCGUAAACGGUGCCGACGGCGACGGCAUGCGUCAGCUGAUCGAGCGUAUGUCCACAGCGGAUGGCGCAUCCGAGCUUCGCGAGAUCCUGAGCAACGGUAUGGACCCGCGCGAGGUCGAGAUCUACCUGCCGCGAUUCGAGAUCGAGAUGGAUCUUCCGAUGGGACCGUUUCUUCGAGCCCUCGGCGUAGGGGAGCUGAUGACCCCCGGCGCCUCCGAUCUGCGAGGAUUCCUCCAGGACGGAGAGAGCCCGCUCCACUUGGGCGACGCGGUGCACCGUGCCCGCAUCGAAGUCACCGAGGAGGGCACAACCGCGGCCGCUGCUACAGCUCUCUUCACGUUCCGUUCUGGAAGGCCGCUCCAGCUGGCCGUUUUCAACGCCAAUCAUCCGUUCAUGUACUUUAUUUACAACAAAUCGAUGAAGACAGUCCUCUUCAACGGAAUCUAUCGCGUGCCUCCUCCUCCAAAGUCGCAGGCUUAAGACGAUCUGCUGCGUGACUUUCGUCGUUGUUCCUCGCUUGUCCUCGGUGUGCAUGAAACGGUGCGAAUCUAAGAGGUUUGCGUAUCGAUGGCCUCUCGCGGGUGGAAGGAAAGUUGGUUUGCUUGCCUUGUAGAGAACUAGGUUUGGACUCCAAACUUUGGAGGCCCUCGGUUUGUUAAAGAACACCCCGGUUUUUGGGUGUGUAACGAGUAGACCGCGGAUCUUAUGCAUUUAGGAUGUAAACUAACGUAAUAAAUUUGUGGUAAACACGACCAAAAGGGAUCUGCACUUAUGCAAAAUGAGACAGCUAUAUUAACCCCUUAAAUAAAUAUGCCCGCGUAUAUGUUAUCUCCCGAUUUCUCUGGGCCAUAGUGAACAGGAAGGCAGGAAGUCCACGAGUCAGACUCGUGGUUACUGUUUAUAGCCCGAAUUUCUUACGAGUCUCACUCGUCGUUCCAGUCCAAAGGGGUAAUUGAGUUGGAAUAUUUAUUCUUAUGUGAUAUAUUAGAAGAUAUAUUCUUUGUUUAUAAAAAUGCAAAUUUUAUUGAACGAUGUAUUGAGUUUGUAACGUGACAAACCAAGAGGACUUUUACAAUCACGAUGUUAUUAUAUUAAUUGGUGGAAUAUAUUCAACAUAAAUUUUCCAUAUUGUAUGUUUCUAUAUUAUUGUACGUCAUAGAUGCGUAAAAUCCGCGGUAAUAAGUAACGUUUGCGGUACAGGGAGCAAUACUAUCUUAUACAUAGGUAAGCCUCGAUUAGUCGAUCUUACUUUUCAUGUACAUCAUUGAACGUUUGAACAGUCUAAUGUAGGAUUUAGAAGAAAAGCUGAGCUCGACUGGUAGAUAUUGCUCUUUGUACUAAAACCACUUGUAGUAUCGCAUCGUAAACUGAUUAUGAGGGCACAAAGAUUGUUGAGCUACUUUUUUUUAGGUAUACCUGAGGCCUGGUGCUGAGUGUGACUUGCCCUGGAUGCUUGUGCAUGUUCAAACGUGCGAUGAUUGGUUGCAGCAGUGGUUCUUAAUCACUUUAGGAUCACUGCACAAUUAAAAAAAGAUUUUUAUCCCUUUCAGGUCUAUGGCACAACAUAGAGAAGAUCUUGGCACAUUUUUUAAUCGCGAAUAAUUGUACUUAUGCCUGCUGUUGUUGAAUGUUUUUGACCUUCUGCUUAUGAUCAAUAGACUGUGUUUAUGCAUGCAUGGUAUACGGUGAUAUGAAAAUUAUGUACAAAAAAAAAAUAUGUAAAAUGUGUACAAAAAUUGUUAAAGGAAUUGGAUGCCCGUGAAUGUGAUUACGAAUCAUUGAUAUGAAGUAUCGGUAAGAAUUCAGAUGACAAUUAAUAAAGUCUUUUUUAUUAUAUAAAUUAAAAA